AUGGCAUCGCAAUUGGAAAAUGCCUUGCUUGAAGCCAUUCAUUUAGACAACACACAGAAAUUCAGAUCUCUCACAUAUGGCAAGCCUGGCACACUCAAAGUUCAAGAUAAAUUCUUAACACAAAUCACAGCAUUAUCAGAUUCACCAGGCUGCUGUGCAUUAGCAAUUGCAAUGGGCGCACCUGUUAACUUAGUUGGUGACGUCAUGGCCCCACUUAAUUGCUCAUCCUAUGUUGGAAGUAUGGAAACUGCAGUUUUACUUAUAGAAGCAGGAGCUCGCUUAAAUUCUAUUUACAAGGGCGAAACACCAGUUAUGCUUGCUGUUAGGUACUCUACACUAGAUCACGUUAACCUACUUCUUGGCUCAGGAGCAGAUCCUUGUGAUAUUGUCUAUGCAGGUGAAUACGCAACAGAUCCAAAGAUGCUUGACUUAUUCAUUAACAAUGGACCAUUAGAUGAUGCUCUUGAAGCUGCUGUUUAUGCAAGAAAAAUAGAUAAUGUUGCCUCAUUAAUUCAAUACGGUGCCAAGCCAAGCUCCAUGUCACUUCUUACUGCUUGCUGCUUCAACUUUGCAGGAAUUGUUAAGAUGCUCAUUGAAUACGGCAUCAAAGCAGAUGAUGUCGCAAUGCAGACAUGUAUUUACUGGAAUUCCAUUCAAGCCAUGGAAGUUUUAAUAGAAAAAGGUGUUCCAGUUAUUCCAUUCGAUAUUCACUACGCAAUUUUACAUAAUAAACCAGCAUCUCUCAAGCGUCUUCUGGAAGAGAAGGUUGACCUUGAAGCCGAGAUUGGUGGUACAUACGCAAUACAUACAGCUGUUCGUCAUGGCCGUGUCGACUGCUUAAACAUCUUAUUAGAAAAAGGUGCCAAAGUUAAUGGCGCAGAUUCGCUCGGAUGUACACCACUUCACUGGGCUGCUCUCAGACGUAAAUCCCAGAUCAUGUCAAUCCUUCUUGAUCACGGCACGAUUGUCAAUAUCGAAGAUCCGAAAGUUUUCCAGCCACAAAUACUCGAGCCAGACUUUGGUUGGACAGCACUCCAUGUAUCUGUCGAAGGCCCUGGUUUCGAUACAGUUCGCAUGUUACUUGAUAGUUCUGCAUCUCAAACAAAGAAGUGGGAUGGCCGUACACCAUUACAUACAGCUUUGUUCUUGAACAGAGAAGAUCUUAUUCCACUUCUCAUAACUCACGGUGCAGACUUAAAUGCAACAGAUGUAACAAACCAGACGCCUGUCGAAUACGCAUUAUCAUCUGGUCGCGAAGACCUUGCUGCCCUCAUCAGGAAGUGCGCGUCACCAGAUUUCGCAGCAGCAAAUGCGGCGCACGGCCAAUUUGCAACAAAGAACGCUACAGAAGCGGAGAACACAGAAUUCUACGAAGAAAACGGCGAAAAGAAACAGAGGAAGAAGAGUCUUUCAGCAGCUAUCGCAGACACAGAGAAAGAAGACGACAACGCUGACAACGUAUUGCAGCAGUUGAGGUCAGGAGAAGGUGUCAAUGAAGAAGGCGGAGCUGCAGAAGAUGACGAGGAUCUCAUGAAGCAGAUGGAAGAGAUGAAGAAGGCACAGGAAGGACAGAAGACAGAUACAUUCGAGAGAGAAGAAACAGAUGAAGAAAAGAAGAAGAGGAAGCAGAAGGAAGAAGACGAUGAACUCGCCAAACUUGCAGCAGAACUCGGUAGUGAUGAUGGUGCGGAUGAAGACAUGGCAGCUCUCAUGGCUGACUUAGAAAUCGAUGCUGCUCAAAAUGCUGAUGGAGAAGAUGAGGAUAUGGAUAAGCUUAUGGCAGAUCUCGCUGCUGACGUUGGAAGCGAUGAUGAUGAAGACCUCGAUAAGUUAAUGAGUCAGAUGGCUGCUGAAGCUUCUGAUAACGAUGAUAACGAGAAGAAGUAA